CGACCGCUGACGCGUAGAUCGUCGAUCAGCUGGCGGAUGUGACGUUUUCCCGCAUCCGCUUGUUAUCACGGAAGAGCAGCAGGCUGCUAGUGAGAAUGAUGCGCUGAUUCUGGGGAUGUGCUCCAGCUGCAUCAGUAAUGCCGAGCGGCGUGGACUACAGUGAGUUGGAGGGAAGUCUUCCAGCCAUUGCUUCCUUGAACGCCUCGUAUUCCCAGGCGUCUCUCUCCCUUCCUCCCCCGUAUUCCCCCCCGCUGCCCCCCGGAGAGAGGAGAGCCUUCUCAGACGUACGCCGAACGUUCUGCCUCUUCGUUACAUUUGACCUCCUCUUCAUCACUCUGCUGUGGAUCAUUGAACUAAAUAUCAGUAAAAGUAUAUGGAUCCAUCUUGAGAAUGAGGUUGUUCACUACAACUUCAAGUCAUCUUUCUUUGAUAUCUUUCUUUUAGCUGUGUUUAGGUUUCUGUGUUUGCAGCUUGGUUAUGCUGCAUUUCGACUGAGACAUUGGUGGGUUAUUGCGAUCACGACUCUGGUGACCAGUGCCUUCCUCAUCGUUAAAGUUAUCUGUUCAGAUUUGUUUAGUCAGAAUGCUUUUGGUUACGUUCUUCCCAUUACCUCGUUUGUGGUGGCAUGGUUGGAAACCUGGUUCCUGGAUUUCAAAGUUCUCACACAGGAAGCAGAAGACGAGCGAGCGUAUCUGGCAGCAGUUAAUGCCGCGUGCGAGCCAGCCCCUCUGAUCUGUCCUAGACCCGUGUCUGACGGACAGUUUUACUCCCCGCCAGAGUCCCUGGCAGGUUCAGAUGAAGACCUUGAUGAAGAGGGUCUCGGCCGGAAAGAACUAACAGAAGAAGACAAGCAGUUUGUACGGCAGGGACGGGAGGCCAUGGCUGUGGUGGAACAGAUACUGACACAAGAGGAAAACUGGAAAUUUGAGAAGACUAAUGAGAUGGGUGAUGCAGUAUAUACUCUUGAAAUCCCGUUCCAUGGGAAAACGUUUAUUUUAAAGGGGCUCUUGCAGUGCACCGCAGAGCUGGUGUAUCAGGAGGUCAUUUUGCAGCCGGAGAAGAUGGUGCAGUGGAACAGAACAGUGUCCGUUUGUCAGAUUUUACAGAGAGUGGAUGACAACACAAUGGUGUCAUAUGAUGUUUCUGCAGGAGCCGCUGGAGGUGUUGUGUCUCCCAGGGACUUUGUCAACGUUCGUCGGGUGGAGCGCAGACGAGACAGCUACAUCUCUGCAGGAAUGGCCACCAAUCAUAGUAGUAAACCCCAUCACAGUCGCUACGUCAGAGGGGAAAAUGGUCCUGGUGGAUUUGUGGUGUUGAAAUCUAGCAGUAAUCCUUCAGUCUGCACCUUCAUCUGGGUCCUCAAUACAGACCUUAAGGGUCGCCUCCCACGUUACCUGAUCCACCAAUCACUGGCCGCCACCAUGUUCGAGUUUAUGUCUCAUCUCAGGCAGCGUAUAAACGAAGUCCACGUCUCUUACCGGUGAUUGACUCUUUAUCCAGCCACAGUUUACAUCGUGGUAACUUCAAAUGACACCGUGCCAUAUUCAAACCACAUCUGCCAUGAGGAGAUUCAGUAUUGCAUUUGACUGGCGGGAGGCUGUUACGGAACUUUGGCUGAACGUUUGGCUUCACUUUAAACUGAAGCAUAUAUAGAUGUACCACUGCGGCACGAGGACAAGAGGUCAUAACUCAUGCUGUCAAACCCCACAAGAGCUGGAAACAUGCGCAAGAAGUUAUGAGAGAGCAGACUGUGGUGUACAGGAAACCAGGGAUAAUGGAUUAGGCCUAAAACCACUGUUGUCCCUCUAGUCAACAGGACUGAAGUCUAGGACGGUUUCUAUAUUCUGAGCCAAAUACGCUGUGGUUUCCCUUUGCUGCUUUUACUUAUGCCUUAAUUGAACAUACACACACAUUCAUACUAAUUAUAGUUUGUUUUUAGUUCUGAAUAUGGUUUUCAGUUGGCUCAAACACUGCUGUAUUUAAUUAUUAAAAGUAAAUGUCUGUAGCAUAGAUCAGCGUCCUGCCAUGUGUAUGAUCAUAUGUCUAAUAAUGUAAAUGGAUAAGAGUUUGAUUAUACGUUGUACAAAACUAGGACCCAAACUAUUUGUAAAAACCAUGAUGCAACAAAAAGCAAAUUUGUGCUUGGUUUUAUUCUGUAAAAACUGGUUUAAAGCAGUUCAAAAUCCAUCUGAAAUGGGCCUUGUGUUGAAAUGCGUGCAUUUUUAUUCCUCUUCUUUAUUGCAUGUCAUUUUGUUUGGGUUUUUUUUCACAGAGCAUUACUAUCAAAGUUUUGUUUUUGUUUUUUGUUUUUUGUGAUAUACUCAUGUUUACCACAUUCAUACAGGGCAUAGCGAUUUAUAAACUGGGAAACUAAGGCAUAGUCACCAGUUGAUUUAGUUUUCUCUCUAAUAAAAAUGUGAAUGUC